UGUGUGUGAGAGAGAUUAGAGACGGUAGACAAAGAUAAUGACCGAAAGCAUUUCACGGGAGCAUUUCCAGUUGCAGAGAUCUCUAAAAUUGCUCGACGACGUCGCAUCCGGUGCUGUCGGCAACGAGCUCGAGGCUCGAAGCCUUCGUGAUCUUCAGAUCAUUCAAGCCGACGCCGGUUUCUUACGUUGUAACUUCAUCGUUCCCGCUCACGCUUCCGAUAUAAAUGGAAAUUGGCAUGCCGGAGCCAUAGCGACUAUAAUCGACAGUGUUGGUGCCACUGCCAUAUACUCCGUCUGUCAACAUGUAAAAGUCACCGUCAAUUUCAACAUUCAAUAUCAUUCUACGGCUAAGAUUCAGGUUAAUUUGCUUGCUCUUCUUAAAUCUUACUUUUCAUCAUGGGUGCGAAGAGGUGGAGAUAGAGGCAACGGCAAACGGAAACAGAGGAAGCUUUCGUCUGUGCUGGUACAGGUUCGAAACAAAUCUAAAAGGACGUUGAUUGCAGUUGGUACUCAAUGGACGGCUGCUAACGACUAUAGAUCACCUCGACCUAAAGCUAAGCUUUGA